AUGUCUAAUAACAUUCCCUUGAGGCGGGCGGCGCCGCACGGACGGAUCGCCGUACACAAGGACGAGAACGGGCCCAGCAAGCGCGCUCCCCUGCGCGCAAAACCCCCCUCAGCAGCGACAGCCGGGAGCUCGAACGUCCCCGUCACCCGGGCCGGUGGUGUGAAAGCGGCCAUGCGCCCCGCCGCCGGAGCCGCCAGCUCGAAGGCCGUGGGUGGUGACGCCCAAGACGACCUAAAGCGGAAACGCAGCGCGUUUGGCGAGGUCGUCGUCAACAAGCCCAAAGCCGGCACCGCCGCCGCCGCCGGAAAAGGCAAGGCUGGCGUCAAGGCCGGUGCGUCGGCCGAGGAGGUCGUCAUGAAGAGCCGGACCACGACCACCCGCACGACGACGACAACCACCACCACCGCUCGUCGGGUGCCACCCCCCGCUGCCGCUGCUCGCCGGGCCGGCGCUGCCGAGCCCCGCCGCAUCACGAGCCCGCGCAGGGCGCAGGCUCUGCGUGCUGCACGUGAGGAGGAGGAAGAGCAGCAGGAGCCCCAACCCAAGAAACGCCGCACGUCCUCCGUCGAGCCUCCCGCCGCACCGGCACACUCGCGCGUCCAGUCGCGCGACGACGGCCAUGGGUCGGUCAAAAUGCAGCUCGACCACCGCCAGGACGAGGAGGAGGAGGACAUGGAGCUCGCCCAGGCCGAGCUCGCAAGGCAUGUCGCUGAGAUUGAGGCCGAGGCCGAGGCGGACCCCGAGGGCGAGGGCUGGCGCGAUUUGGACGCGGAGGACGAGGGCGACCCGUUGAUGGUCUCCGAGUACGUCGGCGAGAUUUUCGAGUAUCUCAAGGAGAUCGAGAAACAAAGCCAGCCCAACCCGGAGUACAUGAACAACCAGAAGGAUCUCGCAUGGAAGAUGCGCGGCAUCCUCACCGACUGGCUCAUUCAGGUGCACAUGCGCUUCAGGCUGCUGCCAGAGACGCUCUUUCUGGCCGUCAACAUCAUCGACCGCUUCCUCAGCGCGCGCGUCGUUUCGCUCGCAAAGCUCCAGCUCGUUGGCAUCACGUGCAUGUUCAUCGCCGCCAAGGUCGAAGAAAUCGUCUCGCCCUCCGCGCACGACUUCCUCCGCUGCGCCGACUCCUCGUACACCCAAGUCGAGAUCCUCCAGGCCGAGCGCUACAUCCUCAAGACGCUCGAAUGGAACAUGUCCUACCCGAACCCCAUCCACUUCCUCCGCCGCGCGUCCAAGGCGGACGGGUACAACGUCCAGGUCCGCACGAUCGCGAAGUACUGCAUGGAGAUCGCGUGCGUCGAGUGGAGGCUUAUCGCCGCGCCGCCGAGUCUGCUGGCCGCGGCUGCGCUGUGGCUGAGCCGCAUCAUGCUGGGCAUGGAGAACUGGACGCCGGAUCUGGCGCAUUAUAGCUCGUACCCCGAGAGCCAGCUGAUCCCGACGGCGAACUUGAUGCUUAACUUCAUCCUCAAGCCUGUGAGGCACGCGAGUUUCUAUAAGAAGUACGCGAGCAAGAAGUUCAUGAAGGCGAGCAUCUUCUGCCGUAAGUGGGCGUUGAACCGCUGGGAGGAGAGCACGGCCGUCGACCUCAGCACGGAGAUCAUGAGCGUCAAGGCGCUCAUCCGCGCCGCGCGCGAGCGGGACGUCAAGAAUGGAGUCGACCCGGCCAGCACGUUCAACGAGGAGCUCGUCGAGGCGCAAGAGGGCCGUUAA